UUCGUUAUUUUGUUUUUCUUCCCAUUUCUUCCUGUUCGCUUGUCUGUGAACGCACAUUUCUGAGAGUUUUAGGAUGAAGGGAACGUGAUAAUGAUAAAUGUUGUCGUUUGCUGCAUUGGUUAAUACAAUAUAUGUGGAGGAACACAAGAGGCUGUUAUCAGACGGUCUCGUGGUCAUGAACGUAGCAAGUUGACAGUCCGCGAAGAUCACAAGACCUGCCAGUCUCCGAAGCGCUUUAACGGCGCGUUCUCUAUGAUAAACACGAUUAAAACGAUCUACUGUUGACUGAUAAUUCAUAAAACCAGGCAUGUGGUGAGCUCAUAGCCAUGGAAGGUCAACACUUGCCUACUGAGAUAAUCUCCUAUAUACUGGGUUACCUUCAUGUAACGGACCGCAGGGAGGCAUCACUGGUCUGUAAGAGUUGGUAUGAAGCAAGCCAAGAACAUCAGUUUCAGAAAAAUGUCACCUUCAAGUUCCCCCUUUCCACAUCUUCACUGGACUUUAUCCGGGCGCUUGCAAGGCGCCCUUGUUGUGGCUUAAUCAUCAGCCAUCUUGAUGGGUCCAGUCUGUCAAGACAGGUUCUUGUGGAGGUUGGUGUUCACCUCGGCCCUCACUUGGAGAGUUUGGCUCUACCUGGCAGUAGCAUCACUGAGUCCUCGUUGUUGGGACUCUUACCACAUCUGACUGGCCUGCAGAAACUGGACCUUCAGGGGCUGGACAGCCUCUUUAUGUCUGGAGCCUUUCUGUCCAGAGAGGAACACCGUCAGCAGGUCCAACAUGCAUUGAGGAACUUGCAGGAACUUGACCUGUCCGAUCUCCGCUACCUCUCAGACCUCUCUUUCAACCGGCUAACUAGUUGCACACCCAAGUUAUGCCAGCUGUCCCUAGCCGGAUGCCACAUUGCUUUUGAAUUCGACCCAUACCGAGGUUGUCCAGUCGGGUCUGGCUCCUCUGCCCUUGUCUCUCUCCGUAAUAUCCUGAGUCUUUUACAGAAGCAAGCUUCCACACUCCGCCGCUUGGACUUGAGUCGCACCAGCAUCACUCCUGAGUCCCUGCGCUCUAUAGCCCAGGUGCCAGGCCUCUGUCUGGAGGAGUUGAGUCUUCAUGGCUGUAAAGAGCUGACAGAUUACUCCAUGGAAAUCCUCUGCAAGCAACAGAAUGCUCUGAAGACGUUGGACCUCAGUGCGUGUACUGAGUUAACAAGUAGGACGGUGCUGGCUGUUGCAACUGAGCUGAAGGACUUACAGCUGCUCACCCUGUCUCAGGACUGGAAGAUAACAGAUAAAGGCUUGGCCGAGUUAAUGGCACUGCAUUGUUUGAGGGCUCUGGACUUGUCGGAGUGUCUGCAUGUCAUCGGUGUAGAUCUGGUGAAGGGAUUGUCCUCUCCACAGCCCAGAGCUCAGCUGGAGACCCUUAGUCUUAGGAAUUGCACAUAUAUAAGGGAUGCAGUCAUAUACUCCCUGACACAGCUGCUAGGCAGUAACCUGAAAAAGCUGGAUCUCACCUCAUGCGUCUACCUCACUGACCUGAGCGUUCGAGCCAUUGCAACCUACUUGCCUGCUCUGGUGGUAUUGCGACUUGGCUGGUGUAAGGAGAUCUCAGAUUGGGGGCUGCUGGGGAUGGUGGAGCCCACCAAGGAUUGUGAACCAAGAGACAAAGAGGAGGACAAAGGUCCAAGUUUUACCAGGACAUUUGGGAACAUGGGAUUUUUCCAGCCUCCAAGCCUGCCUUUCCAGGAGAAACCACGGCUGGUGACAGAUGAGGAUCUGGGAACCUUUAAGGAACAAGAAGGAGCAUCACUGCUGGCUCUCAGGGGUCUUCAGGAACUGGACCUGUCAGCCUGCUCUAAAUUAACUGACACCAGCAUUACACAGGUACUCCGUUUUCCAGAGCUGAGGCAUCUGUCACUUUCCAUGCUGCCUGAAAUCAGUGAUGAAAGCUUGGUGUCUGUAGCCUAUCACUGCUGCAGCCUCACCAGUUUAGCCCUCAGCCACUGUCCCCAGAUCAGUGACCAGGGCAUGGCACGGGCCCUCCCACUCCUCCGCAGACUACAGCAUCUGUACCUGGCCUGUUGCGACGCCAUAACUAACGAAACUCUUUCUAUAAUUUCGCUGCACUGUGAUAGACUGAGGACCCUCGACGUCUCCAUGUGUAAGGACAUAACAGUGCACCAGGUGGACCACCUACAGUCUCGCCUGCCUUUCCUCGAGAAAGUCCAGUGUCGCUUUGUCAAUGGUGCAGAUUUCACUAUAAUUCUAUGAGUAAUAUCUCUAAUGCAAGAAAUUUUAUUCAUAUUAAAUAAUAUAUUUAAAGCACUUUGAGCUCAGGUAUAAGAGGAAACAAUUCCAAAAUACUGUAUUGUUUUGCGUAAAACAUUUAUUUUUCUUUUAAUGUGGCAAAUCACUGCUUAUGAAUGUAACAGAGUAUUAUCUGUGUCCACUCAUUUCUGAUCAUUCUGUUAGUUCUACAUUAUAUAGAUGAUCUACUAUUGAUCUUACUAUUGUAGAUAUAAUACAAGUUGAAGAUGUGUGGUCUCAGUAUGGCUGUUAUCAUGAUAGCAAAUUUCUAAUUUAUGUAAAUUUAUGCUUGUUAUUUGUCCUUUUAAUUAGUUAUACUGUAUUGCUGUAAUUUGAACAUGCAUAUAGUCCAGUUACACCUUGCUUCUAACAUUCGAAUCAGUAUUUUGUCAGCAGUAGAUAGGAGUGAACAAUCAGGCUUUGUAAGCGAUGACUAAGAGUAAUCAGCUCAAAGGUCUGGAUGUGUUUUUAUACUAUAAUUUGUUGCCAUGUAACCUAUAAACCUUUACGGAUUCAACCUGUAAUUAAAAUAAAAAGGAGUAUUUA